AUGAACUCCGCCCGUCCUCCGCCCGUCCUCCGCCCUCCCUCUGCCCGUCCUCCAUCCUCCCUCCACCCUCCCUCCGCCCGUCCUCCGCCCGUCCUCCGCCCGUCCUCCGCCCUCCCUCUGCCCGUCCUCCAUCCUCCCUCCGCCCGUCCUCCGCCCGUCCUCCGCUCCUCCCGUCCUCCGCCCUCCCUCCGCCUCCCUCCGCCCGUCCUCCGCCCUCCCUCUGCCCUUCCUCCCCCCUCCCUCCCCCCUCCCUCCGCCCGUCCUCCGCCCGUCCUCCGCCCUCCCUCCGCCCGUCCUCCCUCCUCCCUCCGCCCGUCCUCCGCCCGUCCUCCGCUCGUCCUCCGCCCGUCCUCCGCCCUCCCUCCGCCCGUCCUCCGCCCGUCCUCCGCCCUCCCUCUGCCCGUCCUCCAUCCUCCCUCCACCCUCCCUCCGCCCGUCCUCCGCCUGUCCUCUGCCUGUCCUCCGCCCGUCCUCCGCCUGUCCUCUGCCUGUCCUCCGCCCGUCCUCCGUCCUCCCUCUGCCCGUCCUCCCAUCCUCCCCUCCACCUCCCUCCUCCGCCCGUCCUCUGCCCGUCCUCCGCCCGUCCUCCGCCCUCCCUCCGUCCUCCCUCCGCCCGUCCUCCGCCUGUCCUCCAUCCUCCCUCCGCCCUCCCUCCGCCCUCCCUCCGCCCGUCCUCCGCCUGUCCUCUGCCUGUCCUCCGCCCGUCCUCCAUCCUCCCUCCGCCCUCCCUCCGCCCGUCCUCCCCCUCCCCUGUCCAUCCUCCCUCCGCCCUCCCUCCGCCCGUCCUCCGCCUGUCCUCCAUCCACCCUCCACCUCCCUCCACCCUCCCUCCGCCUCCUCCUCCCGUCCUCCGCCCAUCCUCCCCGUCCUCCUCCGUCCUCUGCCCUCCCUCCGCCGUCCUCCGUCCUCCCUCCGCCCUCCCUCCGUCCUCCCUCCACCCUCCCUCCGCCCGUCCUCCGCCUGUCCUCUGCCUGUCCUCCGCCCGUCCUCCGCCUGUCCUCUGCCUGUCCUCCGCCCGUCCUCUGCCCUCCCUCUGUCCUCCCUCCGCCCUCCCUCCGCCUGUCCUCUGCCUGUCCUCCAUCCUCCCUCCACCCUCCCUCCGCCCUCCCUCCGCCCGUCCUCCGCCCUCCCUCUGUCCUCCCUCCGCCUGUCCUCUGCCUGUCCUCCGUCCUCCCUCCGCCCUCCCUCCGCCCGUCCUCCGCCCUCCCUCCGUCCUCCCUCCUCUGUCCUCCUCCCUCCUCCCGUCCUCCGCCCUCCCUCCGUCCUCUCUGCCCUCCCUCCUCCGCCCUCCCUCCGCCUGUCCCUCCGUCCUCCAUCCUCCCUCCAACCUCCCUCCGCCCUCCCUCCGCCCGUCCUCCGCCUGUCCUCUGCCCGUCCUCCGCCCGUCCUCCGCCCGUCCUCCUUCCUCCCUCCUCCCUCCCUCCGCCCGUCCUCCGCCCUCCCUCCGCCCGUCCUCCGCCCAUCCUCCGCCCGUCCUCCGCCCGUCCUCCGCCCAUCCUCCAUCCUCCCUCCACCCUCCCUCCGCCCUCCUCCGCCCUCCCUCCGCCCGUCCCUCUGCCCUCCCCUCCGCCGUCCUCCAUCCUCCCUCUGUCCUCCCUCCGCCCGUCCUCCGCCCAUCCUCCAUCCUCCCUCCACCCUCCCUCCGUCCUCCCUCCACCCUCCCUCCUCCCGCCCUCCGCCCUCCCUCCGCCCGUCCUCCGCCUGUCCUCCAUCCUCCCUCCGCCCUCCCUCCGCCCGUCCUCCGCCUGUCCUCCAUCCUCCCUCCACCCUCACUCCGCCCAUCCUCCGCCCUCCCUCCCGCCCGUCCUCCUCCUCCCUCCUCCUUCCGUCCUCCGCCCGUCCUCCGCCCAUCCUCCAUCCUCCCUCCACCCUCCCUCCGCUUCGUCCUCCGCCCUCCGCCUCCCGCUCCCGUCCUCUCUGCCCUCCCUCCGCCCGUCCUCCGCCCUCCCUCCAUCCUCCCUCCGCCCGUCCUCUGCCUGUCCUCCGCCUGUCCUCUGCCUGUCCUCCAUCCUCCCUCCGCCGCGCUACGCUAGCCUCUCACCAUAA